AUGCUGUUGAUUCCUAAAAAAACUCCACAAGGUCGGGAGCCACAACCUCCAUUAUGGGAGGAGCCCAACAUUACCAAGGAAGAGUUUGACGCACGGAACAAAGCCCGAAGCAAGGUGUUCCAGAGUAAAUGGGAAAGCAUUCUUGCGAAGUACGCGGCAGUUCCAGAAGAGGACCAAGGUGACUUGAUCGAUCUCAUAACUGGCGAGGUUGUCGAGGAUAACGGUCAUUUACGGUCUAUGGAGACGGCCAAAGAAAGCGACAUCUGGAACUUGGAUUUUUGCGAAACAAUUCCACAGAAGAUUCAGCUUGCCAGGAAAAUACCACCAUACGAGUUGAAGUCCCCUAUAUCGCUGGAUAACCUCUCCUUAUUGGGUGGAAGUCCCCCAAAACGGUUUCACCGCCCAUACAAGCCGGCGGGUAUCGACUCUGACGACUUGAUGCUUCUUUCAACCUCCCCUGGGAAGCGACUACAUAAGGUUUCAAACACAGCUAGCCCUUUAAAAAGAGGCAAGGAGCAAGCUGUCACCCCCGAUGCCAUAGUGGAAGUUCCCACAAAGAGGUUUGAUAGACGGAACUCAGAGGGUAUCACCACAACCCGGCGGAAGGACUCGAUGGGUGUUACCACACCGCAGCGUAAGCUCUCUUCGAGGGUCACGACACCGAUUUCAGGAACUGCCUAUGCUCCCUAUCUGGGCGGUAUCGUUCCUUCCAUCUCCCGCACGACCGCGGCCAUUACAGGCUCCCGAGAAGACCUUACUGGAUCAGCGGUCUCUUCGGUCCGCUUUUACGGUAGAACCAUGGAUAUUGAGCCUCAAUUGCCGCCUCCAGAAUUUUUGCUUAAACUGAAAAAGAGCGAGACGUUUGCGCCGCUUGCUGCGAUUGAAGUUAUUGACUUACUGUCACCACUGCCAUAA